AUGGCAAUAGCUUACUUUAUACCCGAUCAGGCGCAAUUGUUGGCCAGAAGCAACCAACAAGCAGCAGCAAAUGCAACAAAUUCUCGAGAGAGCAACACCCGACAUAAUCAACAGCAACAGCAACAGCAGCAACAACAACAACGACCGCAACAACAACAACAACAACGCGCGGGAAAUUCACAAUUUCGCGCCAACAUUUCGGUGCCUUUGGGUCGGGAGCAAGGCGCCAUGUCCAUGUCGGAGUUUGGCUGCUGGGAGCUGUUGGCCCAAAUCUUCUGCUAUGCCUUGCGCCUCUACAGCUACAAUCCCAGUCAACGCAGACCGACAGUCAUCCAAGUAUCCUUCGAAAUCAGCCGCGGCACAAGCAAUCAAGAAGAUGGAGCAGCUGAAGAUGCAGAUGGAGAUGCAGUUGGAGAUGUGACUGAUGCGAACUCUAAAAGGCAAUAG